UUAAGUAGGAUGACAAUAAAUUUCAAUGUAUGUAAUCAUUUCGAAAUUUUCAAAAAUGAGAUGAAGGACUGUAUUUGCUUGAAAACUGGGUCUUAGUAUCACUGUGCUGCCAUGGGAAUCAAAAAUAUCAAGCUCAUAGUAUCAGCAUGCACUGUAAACCUACUGGCUUUCGCAAUCGGAAACGUGUACGCAUGGUCUUCCACAGCGUUGGUAACACUGAAAAGCCCUGAUCCUGAAGUGAAUCCACUAGGAAGACCAGUUACAGUCUUGGAAGAAUCAUGGAUAGCCUCCUUAGUAAGUCUUGGAGCAUCCUGUGGUCCAUUGUUGUCUGGAUUCUUAGCAGGCAAACUUGGAAGAAAGGUUACACUUUUAGCCUUCUCAUUUCCGAUGUUGGUUGCUCAGAUAAUCCUUGCUUUUGCUUCAACCCCAGCAGUAUUUUACGUAGCAAGGUUCAUGUCAGGUCUAGGGGUAGGUUGUGGCUACACAGUUAUCCCUAUGUACAUUGGUGAGAUAUCAGAAACGAGAAUUAGAGGUGUGCUAGGUUGCAUCUUGAGCUUAUUCAACGCUCUAGGUUUUUUGUACGUCAUUGCUAUAGGUCCUUUCGUUAGUAUCAAGAUCCUCAGUAUUCUCCUGAUGUUACCCGUGUUGUGCUUCCUAAUAUUCUUCGGUUGUUUUGUACCAGAAUCUCCUCAUUAUUACAUAUCCAAAGGUCAAUACAACGAAGCGGAAGAAAGUUUAAAAAAAUUGAGAAGCAAAGACAAUUCAAACUUGAAAGAAUUGGAAGAUAUGAAAGAAACUGUAGAGAGAUACGGAGGUAAGAAAACAUCUUUUUUGAAAUCUCUCAAAAGUCGAAGCUUCAGAAAAGGGAUCAUAAUAACAACAACGUUGAUGAUCUUCCAACAAUUUGUAGGUAUAACUUUUAUCCAGAGUUACAUGGAGUUGAUCUUUAUAGCUUCUGGUAGCACAAUGUCUUCUUCUGGUUCAGCUGUUAUUAUUGGAGUAAUCCAGGUCUUAGGAGUACUUGUGAGUGCUUCUCUUGUAGAUAGAUGGGGAAGGAGAAUGUUGCUCAUUUUAUCGAGUUUCUUCUGCGCUGUACCUCUUUUCACGCUUGGUCUUUUCUUCUACCUGAAGAACAUUCAAGACGUGAACCACCUAUGGUGGCUUCCAGUGUCCAGUUUAGGUGUUUAUAUCAUCGGUUAUUGCUCAGGGAUUUGUACCCUUCCAUGGGCUUUGGUUGGCGAGUUGUUCUCCAGCGAAACUAAAUCUUUAGCUGCCACCUUUUCUGCCAUAGUCAACCUUUUUCUGGCUUUUGUUGUGAUGUUAGCUGUUCCGAUAUUCAAGGAGAUGGUGGGUUUUGAAGGAGUCUUUUGGUUUUUCUCUGCGAGUUCUUUAGUAUGUGCUCUGUUUGUGUUAUGUUACGUACCAGAGACUAAAGGGAAAACUUUCCAAGAGAUUUUAACGAUGUUAGGAGAAAAAUGAAGUUAUAUUUGGUUAUAGUUUAUGGUACUAGUUAUCUGAAGUUGUUCUUCAGGAAAAGUCAUAUCUUACUAGUAGGUAAUUUAAAUAGAUAUGGAUGAAUGUUAGAAAAAACUCAUAGGUGAUAUGAUAUCGAAUAUUUCGAUUGUAAAUAAAAGAAUGUUUUA